AUGGGCAAGGGCGUUUCGCCGUCAGGGGUCGCAGCAUUCACUGGCAUGCCUCGGCAGGCCGCUAUGCACGCCGAUUCGCCGCUCGACAACAUUGAAUCGUCACAAUACAGUAAACCAGCCGCUGUUGAAGCUGUUGAAGCUGUUGAAGCUGUUGAAGCUGUUGAAGCUGUUGAAGCUGUUGAAGCUGUUGAAGCUGUUGAAGCUGUUGAAGCUGUUGAAGCUGUUGAAGCUGUUGAAGCUGUUGAAGCUGUUGAAGCUGUUGAAGCUGUUGAAGCUGUUGAAGCUGUUGAAGCUGUUGAAGCUGUUGAAGCUGUUGAAGCUGUUGAAGCUGUUGAAGCUGUUGAAGCUGUUGAAGCUGUUGAAGCUGUUGAAGCUGUUGAAGCUGUUGAAGCUGUUGAAGCUGUUGAAGCUGUUGAAGCUGUUGAAGCUGUUGAAGCUGUUGAAGCUGUUGAAGCUGUUGAAGCUGUUGAAGCUGUUGAAGCUGUUGAAGCUGUUGAAGCUGUUGAAGCUGUUGAAGCUGUUGAAGCUGUUGAAGCUGUUGAAGCUGUUGAAGCUGUUGAAGCUGUUGAAGCUGUUGAAGCUGUUGAAGCUGUUGAAGCUGUUGAAGCUGUUGAAGCUGUUGAAGCUGUUGAAGCUGUUGAAGCUGUUGAAGCUGUUGAAGCUGUUGAAGCUGUUGAAGCUGUUGAAGCUGUUGAAGCUGUUGAAGCUGUUGAAGCUGUUGAAGCUGUUGAAGCUGUUGAAGCUGUUGAAGCUGUUGAAGCUGUUGAAGCUGUUGAAGCUGUUGAAGCUGUUGAAGCUGUUGAAGCUGUUGAAGCUGUUGAAGCUGUUGAAGCUGUUGAAGCUGUUGAAGCUGUUGAAGCUGUUGAAGCUGUUGAAGCUGUUGAAGCUGUUGAAGCUGUUGAAGCUGUUGAAGCUAUUGAAGCUGCUGUUGAAGCUUAUCGCGGCCCUCGUCAACGCGCCCGUCAACACGCCCGUCAACGCGGGCAAACAAGGGCUCAAUUUAAUACGUAUCGCGUGCCACAGCUAAAAGAGCCUCGCGGCGGUCAUCCCAAUCCUUGA